AUGUCCUCCUCGUCACCCCAGGGCAAUUCGCCUUCACCCCCUCCCGCGCCUUCCUCCGCUCCUCUAGGACAUCCGGAAAUAACUGUCGAUGGGCAUCGUGUCCUUUCUCAACUCGAGAACACCGCACCGCUUGGACGUGCGUCGUCAAAGUCGAGUGACAUUCCGACAAUCGCUCAAGGAUUGGCCACCAUCCAGCCCGGACCAGCCAGCUCGUUGAACCACCUUGGUCAUCGCACCACAAGGGAUGUUGCCGCGGACGUUGAUCAUGGACCAGGUGACACCAGUGAUGCCAAGUCGGUAUCCUCGGGCCGUUCGUCGAAGUCUGGAUUCAGGAAACGUUUGUCGAGAUUUUUCAAGGGAGACCCCAAAGUCAAGGACACUGUUCCCGCAUCGGGAGCCUCAUCAGCGCCUGUUGCGCUCGUUAGAACUGAGGAACACGUCCAGUCUGCCGCACCUGACCGUAACGCCGUGCCUGUCUCGUUGGGACUACACUCACCAGCACAUUCCGCUGAAAUGUCGUCCACGCUACCCAUUAUCCCAGCUGCCCAUCCGCAACCGAAUAUUGCUGCAAAUGGAACCCUCCGCGUAAACAUUUUCCCUGAAAACGUUAUCAAACCAAUCUACAAAGCCGACUUACCCAAGCCGCAUGCUCGUGUUGACAGGACCCCGCAGCUUGUGUACUGUUACAGUCUCCUCUCCAAGGCUCAAGAACCGUUGCAACCAACCACGGACAGCGAUGUCUCUCAGGAUUACCCCCUCGACGACAAGGAGAAAGGAUGGGUUCAGCUUGUUGAUCCCGUCUUGCAGGACCGAUAUCGAUGGCUUGUCGAGCAGUUGGUCAGAGCGUUCGCUGACAAUACACUCAAGACAUCUGAUGUGGUCACCGAGAUCGUUCUUGUUGGUCCCGUUCUUGACCGCGAAACCUACCGCAGCUUGCUCUCAUGCUUCAUCUCCAACUUUGAGCAGACAACAGCGCUGGAUGUCACUCUGCUCCAGGGUCUUGUGCAACUAGUUGAGUGCGCCCCAUCUGGAUACCUUGUCGACGAUGAUCUGGUUAGGAUCGCCACUGUUCUCUCCAAGGAGCUGUCGAUUACCCACAUUGGCACGAGCGACCACCCCUUGCACCUGACAUUGUCGCUCGCUCGAGUCCUUGAUGUGAUGGUGGCUGGCAAGGUCAAGGACCUGAACCGUGAACGAGACCAUCAGCCGAUGCUGCAGCUCUUGGACGGUCUGAAGGACAGCGACAAUGUUGUUCAGAAGUACGAGGCAAUCUAUGCCUACCAGGCUCUCCAGUAUGCACCCGACGACGAGACUCCGCUCCAAGUGUUGUGGAGAUAUGGCAAGGUUGCAGCAGCAGGCGCAGGUGCAGUGUCGAGUGCUUUCAAGUUGGAUCCAGAGGGACUCCUCAAAGGCAUCGAGAGUCUUCAAGAGAUCGGUGCAGCGGCUGUUGGAGCAGUCAGCACAGGAGUUGAGGUCGUCGAGGCCCUUCGUGUCGGUGCUGAUGGGGCCGCCCGCGCAUCAGAGAACAAGUUCGACUUUAUGAAGAAGCGGUCGUGGUAUCUCGCCCUUCAAGGAACGGCUCUCUUCAUCCACCAGGGACGACUUUCGGACUUUAACCUAGUCGUCAGCCAGGCGCCUUGCCGCAACAACGCCAACUUUCAGUGGGGGAUUUGUCGCCAGCUUGGAGAGAUUGCAGUCGACCCGCUCUGGGAUGUUCAUGUCCGCCAGCAGGCCGUCGACUUUCUGGGUGAACUAUACAGAAGCGGCUCUGACUGGAAACCGCAUGUCGAUGUCAAGCGCUGGAUCCUCACCAUCCUCAUCCAGAUCUCGGGAAUAUCGGAUGUCUCUGUCAAGGAUCGUGCUGUUGCUUUGUUGCUAGACCUGAAGAAGGAUGAUACCACCGAGUUUCUUGGCUCUUUUUCGCUAAGCAGACGCCUCCCCCUGCCAACAGCCUCUCCACUUCUCGCCCAAGUCCAAGAGAUCAUCAAAGUCGAAUAUGACCUGCACGUCUUGAGGUUGAUGAGAAUUGACGACUACAGGCAGGCAGUUUACAUCGACCCCAUGGCCAAACUCAACCUCCAAGACACGGACGACCAUCUGUUCCCUCUCAUGGACAAGGUCAAGGACUUUCUUGCCAGCGACACUCAGGUCAUGCUUGUUCUUGGCGACUCGGGAGCGGGUAAAUCGACAUUUAAUCGUCACUUGGAACACGAGCUCUGGCAGGAGUACAAGGCAGGAGGCCGCAUCCCGCUUUUCAUCAAUUUGCCAUCCCUCGAGCGACCAGAGAGAGAUUUGGUUGCGGAGCAAUUGAGGACCUACAACUUUUUGGAGGACCAGAUUCGUGAGUUGAAGCUGCACCGCCAAUUCGCAUUGAUCUGUGAUGGAUACGACGAGAGCCAACUUACAGUCAAUUUGCAUACCACCAACUUCUUCAACCAGUAUGGACAGUGGAGCGUCAAGUUGCUUAUUACCUGCCGCACGCAGUAUCUCGGACGUGAUUAUCGGAGUCGCUUUGAGCCCAAGACGGUGGAUCGGUCUGCUCGCGUCGCCAACGAUCUUUUCCAACAAGCCGUCAUCUCUCCGUUCAGCAGGGAGCAGAUCGAAGACUAUGUAGAGCAUUAUGUUCCUCUCGAGCCGCGCACCUGGGUCAAGAAGGACUACAUGGACAAGCUGGAGGCUAUCCCCAAUCUGAUGGAUCUUGUUAGAAACCCAUUCCUCCUUACCUUGUCACUGGAGGCCCUUCCUACGGUCGUGCAAGGGAAAUUCGACCUCUCCAGGCUUCGAAUCACUCGCGCGGAACUGUACGACACCUUUGUGGUGCAUUGGAUGGCAGUCAACAAGCGUCGCCUGCAGGAUCAACAUUUGAGCGAGAGCAGUCAGACAGCACUUGACUUCCUCUGUGAUGACGGGUUCGAGCGCAACGGUAUUCUGUACCAGAUGGAUCUGGCGGCCUCAAUCUUUCAGAAGCAGGAUGGCAGACCUGUCGUUAAGUACACUCAUUUGAGAGAUAGGAACACAUGGAAGGCUCAGUUCUUUGGCGUUGAUCCUGAGAGGGCGCUCCUUCGAGAUUCCAGCCUGCUGAGUCGUACCGGCAACCAAUAUCGCUUUGUCCACCGCUCCGUGUUGGAAUACUUUUUCUCUUGCACCAUCUCUGGGCCUAUCAAGGAGCAUGAUGAAUUUGAUCCGCCUAUCCAUUUCGAUUCCUCCGCCAUCUCACCCACCAUCAACACCCAUCCAUUGUCCCAGAAGGACCUUGCCGUAGAGCUCUCGAUCGUCCAAUUUCUGGCGGAGCGCGUGCAGCUGGAUUCUGGAUUCAAGAACGAGCUUCUCGCCAUCGUUGAGCAAUCCAAGACCGACGACCAAGCAGCUCGAGCCGCAGCGAACGCCAUCACGAUCUUGGUCAAGGCAGGAGUACGAUUCAACGGAGCCGAUCUUCGGGGUAUUCGAGUUCCUGGAGCGGACAUGUCUGGUGGAGAGUUCGACUCGGUACAACUGCAGGAGGCUGACUUGACGGAGGUCAACUUCACCAAGAGCUGGAUUCGUCAGGCUGACUUCACCAAGGCGCAGAUGAAGGGAGUUCGGUUCGGGGAGAUGCCGUAUUUGAAGGAGAGUAGCGAAGUACACUCGUGCGCCUAUUCACCUGACGGAACAUCUCUCGCUGCAGGUCUUAAGGGAGGAGAUAUCAACAUUUACGACACCUCCACAUGGGCAACGACUCACACUUUUGAAGGGCAUCGAGGCGUUGUUAGGAGCAUUGCCUAUUCGCUAACCAGACCCCAACUCCUUUCCGGCAGCUACGAUAGUACAGUACGAUUGUGGGACUGCGAGAGUGGGUCGUGCAUUUUUGUGCUGGAGGGGCAUACCAACGAAGUCUGGACUGUAGCGUUUUCACCCUCUGGCAAGCAGGUCGCUUCGGCUGGGGAGGACAAGACUGUAAGGCUAUGGGAUGUUCAGACAGGCGCCAAUCUAUUCAACCUGACCGGUCACACGAAGUGGAUUCCUAGCAUUUCCUACUCGCCUGAUGGACAUGCAGUUGUGUCUGUUGGCGACGAUAGGAUGAUCCGGUUCUUUGACACACAGACUGGACAGCCAGGAGAAGUCUGGGAGAGUCAAAGUGGAGAAAUGUGGAGCGUCGCAUACUCUCCCGGAGGCCUAGAGAUCGCCGUCGGGCUUCGUAACGGCGAGUUACUGCUCUACAAUACCACUACCGGCAAGCCAACGAGGAGUUGGAAGGCUCAUGACGAAAGAGUCGCGGGUGUGAGCUUUUCGCCCAACAGCCAGUGGGUCGCCACAUGCAGUGAUGACAGCACGGUGAAGGUCUGGAAUGCAGCAACAGGAUCGGUCCUUUCUGUCUUUACCGGUCGUUCUCUUCUCUACCAUGUAGCCUUUUCGCCGAACGGACUUCAGCUUGCCUCAUGUAGUUCUGACUGCACCAUUCGAAUCUGGGAUGUGAGCUCGUUGGGUACAGGUGUGGACGUGGAGGGCGGAUCCGACCCGUUGACGAGCGUACUCUUUUCUCCGGACGGUCGAGUUCUCUUCUGUGGCACCAAGCUGGGAACUGUACGACAGUAUGAUGCAGAAUCUGGUGAGUCCGGACGUACCAUUGUUUGCGGAGACAAACCUGUGGAGUGCCUAGCGGUCUCCCCGGAUGGUCGUCGAAUCGCGUCAGUUGGAAAGGAAGACAGUGUCGUCACUGUAUGGAACAUUGGAACAGGUCAAGCCGAUGUUGCCUUGCGCGGUCACACAGAAGAGGUGACCGCCAUGGCCUUUUCAGCCGACAGCCGCUGGAUUGCCACCGGCAGCGAGGACAAGACAGUGAGACUUUGGGACGCUCACUCAGGGAUACUCGACCGCGUGCUUGAAGGCCAUACCCGGGUAAUUAAUUGUUUGGUAUUCUCGCCGGACAGCCAUCGAAUUUUGUCGGGAAGUUGGGAUGCAACUAUUCGAGCCUGGGAUUUGGACAGUCGCGAGUGUAGAGUCGUUGUGGAUGCUGGCGGUGGUGUAGAACUUUGGACAAUAUCAACUUCAUCCGAUAGCUUGAGGGUUGCUUCAAACGCCUUUUUGGGGAACGCUGCCAAGCUUUGGAACACGGAUAGCUGGCUUCCCCAACAAAGUCUAGAGCUAGGCUACCACCACGUACAAUGCAUUGCAUUCUCGUCCUGUGGGCAAUGGGUAGGCGUAGGCUGUCUCCGUUCGGUUCAGCUCUGGAAUUUCGUCGCUUACACAUCGGCGGAAGGAAGAGGAGGAGGAGGAAAGUGGAAGUGUUCGGUGCGUAUCCUAGAUAUCCUCAGUUAUGUCGCCAGCUUUGCUUGGAAACCUGACACCCUGGAGUUUAGCAUCGCAUGCGAGAAUGGGUUUCUUCAAGUGUGGAGAUUGGUGGAGACGUCGGCGUCGCCGGAUGCAUGGUCGGCCCAGUUGGUUCGGAGCACUGGAAAUCCUGUGCUAGCUGCCUCGGAUGCUGUUUUUGUCGAUGCUGUUGGUCUCUCCACAGUCAAUCAGAAAUUGCUCAAGCAGCGCGGCUAG